AUGAAAGGAGGAAAGAGUGGUUUCGGCCACUGGAACUUCAUGAAAGGAAAAGGGAAAUCAGGAAAAGGAAUGAAAGGAAACUUCAAAGGAUCAGGAAAAGGAAAAGGAGGAAAGGAAGGAUAUGGAAAGAAAGGAACUUCGGGUUCAGGAAAGACGGGAGCAAUCACAUGUUGGACGUGCGGCCAAAUUGGCCACACUUCGAGAGAGUGUCCGCAUCAGUAUCGUGUUUCCGCGGUAGAUGAGACUUCAGGUGAUUGGAAUGCAGAUUGGACAGGAGAGUAUGACGCAGGGCAUGACUUCGGUGAUGCCUGGGAUGCCUCAUGGGAUGAUGCUUCGUGGAUCGGUGCAAUUGAUGACUUCACAUGGCAGGUUGAUGCAUGGGAUGAUGGAUCGUGGUGGACUUCUGCUUGGAAUGAGGAUCCUUGGGCUUACGACCCGACUUCCUUCUCUCAAGCCUCCCAACCAGCCACCUCAAGCGAAACUUCAAACCAAGCGCCGGUACCACCAGCAGCUACGCAGACUUCAGCAACUUCGGCUAACAAGGCUUCGGCUGUUACCUUCGGUGAGCCUCCAGGCCUUUCACUUCCCGACAAAACUUCGAAAGCCAAAGCCUCACCCAAGCCGAAAGCCUCAACAGCCUCAGGACUUCUGCUUGCUGCGGUUACGCUAGGUAGUGUAACUUCAGGGUCUUCGUUCAGCAUCGCCCCGACGAUGCCAAUGCCGAACUUCGAAGACGAAGGACCCGGUCAGGACUUUUCACUUCGGGCUGAGAGCACGGUGUCAGCGUUUAAGCCUGUGUACUACCACGCUGAUCGUUGGCACUUCGAUCCCGCAAGAAACGUUCUUGUGCGGUAUCACAAGCGCCCUCGCAAAAAUCUGUUUGUGCCAAGCGGCACUUCAGAUAGACCAGUGGCGCUGAACAAGCUUGCUCAAGAGCGGAAAACCUUCGUGGUUGAUGCUCAAGGAAAUGAGAAGGAGCUCACGGACAACUGGGUCACUUCAGAUGAGCCCACGCGAGCGCUGGAUCACUUCUGGAAAGGAAGAACGGAGUUUAAACUUACAACUCCUCCGAACCAGCGCCCGCCGACGAGACUUCUUCAGAAGAGGUCACUUCUCACUCCGCCGGCCCACGAGGAUCCGAAAGCUUCUCCUCCAGUUGAGCAAGCGCGCACUUCUCGCGCCCCUGUUGCGACAGAGUCUUUCAGACCAGAAACUUCGCUGUAUCCGAAGAGGUCUGAUCUUCAGAAGAGCCUUCGUGAAGCUUCGGAUGGAAAUGAGGCAAGUGUGAGACGCUUUGUGGCAUCUCAACUUCAAGAGCCAGAUCCAAGCACAGGCCUUCCGUAUGAACAUGACUUCUGGUUGGACACACCGUUGAUGUGGAUUCGCUUCCACUUCGUUCCGCGUAGCACGUUGUUUGUUCCCAACGAGGAGGAACUUCAAGGUGGCCCUGAUGUCACCCAGCUUGGUCGUGAGCGCAUGACUUGCUUGUGCACUUCGGAAGGUGACCAGUGGCGCGAAGAUAAUUGGGACUUCGAAAGCGAAGCCUCCAAGAGAGAGGUUGGCUUCACUUUCACAGGAGCUACGUGUUUCGCCAAGCCGGAGGAAGAGGUCGUUGAGCCACUUCCCGUUCCGGUUGCUGGUGAGGACACCGACGCCAGAGUGCCCAAGAGACUUCCUGCGGAGGAUCAAGUGAGCAAGGAGCUUCUUGACUCGUUGAAAGGAGCGCAGGACGCGGCCGGCUCCAGUGCCGACGGCACUUCUGGAAGUAAGCGCAGCGCAGAGGCACCUCCAGAGGAUGCGCCUUCGCAACUUCGGGCCAGGCUGGAACAGUCGCAGGGAGAGAAGCGCGAGAUCUCCGCGGAGGUCCCGGACAGUGCGACCAAACUUCGGCGAAUCUCUGCGGUGCUUGAGGAUCGCCUGGUUGACACUUCUUGCGUUGCUUCUGUGACCACGCGUGACGGUCUUGAAGUUCCUGUCGAGGUUAACGUUGACCGUGCUGAAGAACUUCAGGCCUUGCGUGCAAGUGAUGCUGUGCAGAAAGAUGUUUCACUUCAAUUCGUUUGCUUUAAAGGACUUCAUGGCCGCCGCCGCUCCUUUGGGCUGCGACUUCGUGCCUCACUUCGUUGCCGCCAUGGCUUCUGCUUGGGUUUCUUACUUCUGGCUGGGUUCUUGGCAACUUCGCUUUGGUAUUCGUUUCUGCAUGGAUGGUUUGCGAACUUCACACCGGAUUGUGCCCACUUCGGUUGGGACAUGGAAUUUUUCACUUCAUACCGGAUUGUGCCCACUUCUGUUGGGACGUGGUUUUGGUACAGACUUCUUUGCGAUCGACGUCUUCAGUGGUUUGUGUGCUUCUACUUCGAGAAGAUGGCCCCCAAACUUCAGGUUCCGGUGCCAAAGGCAGUGGCUCUUGGACUUCCUCCGGCAGCACUGCCAGGACCCUCGACUUCGGAAGAGGCCGAAAUGACGAGGGACUUCCGCAACUUCGUGGAGGAGCAUCAGUUCUACGUUCCGGACCCGAACUUCGAGAGAGAUGAACUUCCGCCGCGACUUCCCACUCGAGCACUUCCUCAGAACACGUGGCUGGAGUUGCGCUACGCCUCGGGUAACUUCGAGACGGUCUGCGGACUUCACCCGGCGCACUUCCAGCAACUUCACAGGGCCGUGGAUGUACUUCGGGUACACUUCUAUGGCAAGGAAGCGGCUCGACUUCUCGGGCAUGGCCGAGAUCACCUCGGCUGGAGCCACUUCGCUGGGAUGAGCUACUUCGCGGUGGACAAUGUGUGCUUCACGAGCAUGCUGGUCUACGCGCUACUUCGACUUCAACCUGGCGUGGACAACCCGGUGGUGACGGCACUUCAGUCCGCGGCGCUGUUUCCGGAGCUCUUCGCCCGGAGCACUUCUUAUGUGGCCAACGAGACGGACUUCUGCGUCAACUUCAAGGCAAGCUAUAUCGGCCCGAACUUCGUUGAUGUACUUCCCGAGCCUUCGAUCCGGUUGUGGUUUUGCACUUCCUUGAACUUCAUCCUCACGCGCAUGUCACGAGAUGGAGAUGGCGAACUUCACCUGACUUCGGAUAUGCAGCCAUUCUCCCCGGAUAUGUUGAACUUCGCAUUUUCUCCGAGGUCAGCGGUGUGGCUUGCGUGCUUCGGACUUCAGCUUCUGUUGGAGACUUCCCCAACCGAAGCCAACCGAGUGCUUCAAGGAGGCAUCGGACUUCUGUCCUUCAGGAUGACCUCGAGCGAGAUAUUGAACUUCGUGGAAGGUAACCGCUUCCGCUUCUGGAAUCGGCGGUACAUCGACUACUUCAUCAACGUGCCCGGCGAGCACUUCGUGCUGCGACCUCACCUCCGCACUUCCUUGGCGGUGAUUCGUCUUCCGGGCAACUUCCAACAGUUCUUUGACCUCGCCUGGUCGAAGACUUCGCAUGGCUUCAACCGCUACAUGCACAUCCCGAUGAGGACUUCGGACUUCGCCCGGUUCGAGAACACUUCUGAGGCGGAUUCGUGGGUGAGUCGUGAGCUUGCCGUGCAACUUCUGAGGGCACGCUACUGA